UAAAUAUAUUCCCAGGGAAGCAAAGUCUCUCGAUGUGCACAUGAUGUAACGAAUCUUCUGGUAUACGCUUAGUAGCCAUUUUGUUUUCGACGGAAGGGCUGAUCAAGGUAUCCAACUGUCCAUACACCCUGGUCAGUGAGGUAUUUGAGCUCUUCACCAUGGAUUCAAAACGGCAUGAAUGCAGCGCCAGGUCGCAAACAGAAUCACCACCUACACCGCCUUCACCUCCCCUGUAUAGUACAGGUUAUCCAACGCAUGACAACUACAAAAGCAGAACAACACGUCGUUCACCUUCUCCUACCGACUACAGGGGCAGUAAAUCUUCUCGGAAUGAAUCGCCACCGGAUAGACGAAGACGUAAAAGGAGUACGUCUAGAAGUUCUCCAAUUCGAUCUCACAGACGGUCACGUUCAAGUGACAGAGACAAAGAUCGAGAUAGAGACAGGGACAGGUCAAGAAAAUAUUCACGUAGAGAUAGAUCAAGAUCGAGAUCUAGGGGAAGAUCUCGUUCAAGGGACAGACGACGUAGUCGUAGCAGAAACAGAAGUAGAGACAGACAUAGAUACAGGGAUAGUCGUAGACAUCAUAGAGCACCGUCUUAUGAAUCAGAUGCUUUUGAAGAUCAUUCUGAUACGGUUGCGGCACAACAACAACCACCACCACAACCGAAUGCUUUUAAAAAUGAUGGAAGUUUUAUGGAGAUGUUUAAAAAAAUGCAAGAACAAAUGCAACCAACGCAACAACCAACAACAUCGGUUCUCGAAGAGAAACCCGUAAUACCGCCACCAUUGAUGGUUGGUAAAAGGAGAGGUGGAAGAAUUCUUAAAACUGGAAUGGUCGCAAAGCCAAAGACUGAGCCAACUACUGAACAACCGAAGGAUGCGUGGUCCCUUUAUAUGGCAGAAGUGAAAAAGUAUCGUGAAGUUUGUUGUCAGGAAGAGGAUAAUACCAGACCAUUGGUCAAAUAAUUUAUUUUCUUUCUUCUUCUUCUUCUUCUUCUUCUUCUUUGUCGUCAAAUUAUUCCUGUAACAAAUGUGCUGUGAAUGGACAUUAGUUCUUUUUUUUUCCUUCUUUUUUUUAAUUUUAAUUUUUAUUGUAUUUUAUUAUUAUUUUUUUUUUUUUUUUUAUAAUAACAAUACGAAACAGUAGUCCAAUCUAUACUCACACUUGUGAAUAAUUUACAUAGAAAAUAUUCGUAUAAUUUUUAAAGGUACAAAAUGUCAUUUUUAAUUGAAUCUAUUGUUUAAUAUAAAUGUUUAUCUAAAUAAUUAUACGUCAUUUGAAACAACUCGUUGUAUAUGAAAAGCUUUUUGUAGAACAAAAAGAGUUGAUUAUUUAAAAAAAAAAAAAAAA